GUUGAAUCAAAUUCCUUUCAUUAAACAAGCAUCGCAAAUCAUGAUAAACUAACAUAUUCAUAAUAUAUUGUUCUUCUAAAAUUGUACACAAGAAAAUUGUACACGUGAAUCAUAGCUUAUAUUAAAGUUACAUCUAAAUAUUAAGUUGAUGAAUUUAUUAGGCUAGGUUAACUACAAGAGAAAAAUAUGAGAAGAUGAUAAUUUUCACACAAAUAUGUUUAGGACACGAACACUUAUGAUAAUAGUUCAACAUGAGUUGGGUCGGGAUCUACGGGGUGUAUUAGCGAAAAUACGCACUCAACCCAAUAGAGGCGGGUUGUACAAAAGAAAAAUCUCACCCAACAUUAACCUUUAAUUUUAAUGAUAAAUACGGAUGAGUUGGAUCGGGUUGGACGGAUGGGUCCAUUUGCAGGUUGUUUUGUCACCCCUAACGAUAAUUAUAUAAUAAUUGAUAGGAGAGAAGAAGAAAAAUAUUAUAAUAGGGAGGGAGCGUACACAGGGGUAUCAAAUAAUUUAUCAUGGUCAAUAACCAUGCAUAACUGUCACAUCAGUGCCACAUCAUCAUUUUUGGAAGACUUCUAACCUUUUCUUCUCUAAAUUUUAAUAGGAAAUAUAUCUUUUUUUAAGUUAGAAUUUAGUUCUUUUGUGCAUAUAAGUCAGAUUAAUAUGGCUCUUCAAAAUGAUAUACACUUUGAUAUAUUUUUGGAAUAAAAAAAUGAGACAUUUAGUACCAAUCUAUACCAUGGUGAUAUUGUUUGGUAACUUUCAACAUUGUGUACCACAAGAUACCACCUCAUACUAGGAUGGUAUGAGGUGAUACUUUUUGGUCUUGUACUUUUUUCCCUAGAAAUUUGAUGUUCUUCUAUGGCUUAGAAGACAAAGCCAACAAGUUGAUGUUCGUGACAGGCGCUUGGAUGAAGUCAUGUAUGCUGGUUUUUGUUUGUUGUUUAAAGAACUCGGACAAGUUUUUUUGUUUUUAGUUAUGCACUUAUGCUAGUUUACUUAUGUCAAACAAUCAAGUAUGUGAGAAGUUAUGUAGGCAGGAUUAUGUAUUUUGUUGUUGAUUGCCCUUCAUUUUGACCUGUUGAUUGGAUAGGCUCCAUGUCUGAAUUAUGAUGGAGGCAGCGUUGGUGAGAAGAAUUCGGUGAAGGUUAGCUGAAAGUCAAUGGUAAGUGACAACGAAUACAGUAAAGGGUAUGACUGUAAUUUCUACUAUUGCUUUCAUAAUUAAAUUUCCUAACUAAUAAAUCCCUCUUCAUAAACAAACAACAUAUUUCACACAAAACCUGGAUUUAAAAUACUAAAUAGUAAUUGAGUGAUUGUGGGCCGCAUCUCUAUUAACUAAUAAAUUCUUAAUCCAAACGACCUCUAUGUGUAUUAAACCUGUUAUCUAUUUUUAGGUCUCCGUUAAAAUUAGCACCAAACUUUAACUAAUUACUAGUUAAUGACCUUUUGUCAUGCUUAGUCGGUAAAAUUUUACUCCCUCGCGUGUCAUAUAUGUUUGAAAUUUAGCUUUUCUUCCUUAAUUUGUCUCGUCCUAUAAUCAGGGCCGAGCAUUAGCAUGUGUCGGCCGGUCCUACAUGACUUUCAUUGUAGGGACCAAAUUACGUGAGUUGUUUGGGGCCUCGAGUUUUCGAGAAUUUUAUAGUUUGGUCUACAUAAUUUGUAGUGCAAAAUUAAAUUAUUCAUUUGUGUUUGAUUUAUUGGUAAACAUGUUGAAUAUUGCAUAUUUGGUCAUGGGUUCAAAUAUCUUUUAUGUAUUUUUGAAAAAUGUUUUACAUACCUAUUUAUUUAGCUUAGAUUCACUAAUAUGUAAGUUUAGUCUCACACUUUAAUAUUUUAAUCGUUUUCAUUCUUAAAUUUCAAGUUUAUUCAUUUAACUCACAUUAUAUGAAUAGCCAUUUAUAUAAUUUAAUCUGACUGAAAUGUAUGUUUAGUCUCCGUUUUAAUAUUUUGAUCAUUUAGUUCUUAAACUUCAUAUGUGUCCAUUUAGCCGUCAUUAUAUGAAAAUAUGUGUUUUUAAGACAAUUUUGUAAUGACUAAUUGUAAAUUUAGACUUCAAACGUCCAAUGAAUCCAUUUAAAUCAUAUAACCCAAAAGUUUAUGUUUUAUAAGACAAUUUUGAAUUGAGUAGUUUAAAAUCAUUAUACUAUGGCAAAGCCUAGUGUACGCCUGACGUACACUAUACGCAUGUGUUCAUCAUUUGUACUUUGAUAAUUUUGACGAAUCAGAAUCGUUAAUUUUUAUUCUAAGAUUAAUUGAAUCUUAUGGUUUGGGUUAGACAAUUGGGGACUGUGGUUCAUCCAUUAUAGGUUAGGGUAUAGUAUCAUUCCCCAAACUCCGAUUAAUUCAUGGUCUAAAUAAUAAAACUUGAUGGACGUACAAUAAAGUAAGUAUAUGCCUCGCCUAGCGUACGCUAGCCUGAACCAUAUAUUAUAUAUUCAAAGAAAAUUAGGACACUUUUUAGUUCUAAAACAAAGCUUUCAAUAUCUAUGGGACGGUCCUGACUAUGAAUCCUCUUCACUCGUUUUCAAUGAUGCAUAUUUCCAUCUGAAGUACAAUUAGAGAGUGAAAAGGAGAAUUUGUAGCAUAUUUGGUGUUUGGCUUAAUUAGCAAGGACCUGCUACCUAAACAUGGGUGGACCAACAGUAAUACAUUCGUGCAGAGUUUUUCGCCAUAGGAACUAGUUAUGGAGUACACGCAAGUGUUUCCCAGGAGCAUAUGAUGUAUAUGGACUAAAAAUGUCAUAACCCCUUUAUCGUUUAUUAAUAUUCAUUAUUAGGGUGCGCAAUAGCAAUAUGGUUCGAUCUGCAACGAGCCAAACUGUCAUUUUAAUUGGACAAAACUGGACCAAAUAAAAUGUGAAUAUACUUUUCAAUCUAGUUCUAAUACUCAAUUUCAUUUACUUUCCGAAGAACUAUAAUACUCAAAAAAAUAGACACCGGAAUUAAUUGAUAUACAAAAUACGAUGUCAUUAUUAACAUUUUUAGAUCAAUAUUGAAAUUUUUGGGCGAAAAAAGCUCCGAGUUUUGCGGAGACAAGGAAAUCGGCGUAGGGUUUCGGUUGUAGCGCAAGCAGCAUGAAGGCGGCAGCCUCGCCAGCGCAGCCACCAGAUCGAGGGAAAUCCCUGAGCCGGAACUGGUCUCGGGCGUACGCCGCCCUCCGGAGGUGUCAUCCUUCCGGGAUGGAAAGAAAGAAAGGGAAGCCCAACACCCGAAGAAACGUGUAAGGGCUAUUGAUCUUGAAGGCUUAGCGGGAAUAGAAGAUGAUGUGCUUGUUGAAGAUAUAACGGAAGAGGAAGACAAAUUCGAGUGUAAUGAGCAUGGAAUAAACGAAAAGAAUGCCAACACUAUACACGCUGAUUUACACAGCGGGCCCCCAUGCAUAAACCUAUGGCGUUGGGUGAAGGGAAAAAAAGUUGUUUAGCGAGACGGUCAAGACAACAUCCUGGUACGUGGAAGAGUCAGAUUCGGAAGAUAUUGCGGAUGCAAUGAGGGAAGAUGUGAGGGAUGAAGCCCCCCGAGGAAGAAGACCCGUUAUCACCUAACAUCGAGUUCACGGCGGCGGAGCUACGUGCUUUCCAGAGAGAAUGGAGAUCAGCUAUUGUGGUGGAAGUUUUAGGGCAAUCAUUCCCGUACCCAAUGAUCGCUAAACAUUUGAAUAUGGUUUGGGCGAAGCAAGGCUCCAUCCAAAUCACGAACAGAUCAAAGGGAUUCUACUUUGUUAGGUUUACGAGCAAAUUGGACUACGAGCACGCUCUUAAUGGGGGACCCUGGAUGAUCGGAGACCACUAUUUGGCCGUCCAAAAGUGGAAAAAAGCUUCAACCCUAACAUGGAGAUCAAAUCCACUCUCGUGUGGCUGAGGCUACCAGACCUUCCGAUAGAAUUCUUUCACCCCCAGGCUGUCAUGCGCAUUGCAGGACGAGUGGGGGUCCCAAUCCGAGUCGAUCAUGCUACAGAAUUGGGAGCCAGAUGUGGUUUCGCUAGAUCCUGUGUGGAAAUUGAUUUUACAAAACCACUCCUUAAUAAGUUCAAGAUUGAGGGGAUAGAGUAUGCAAUCCAAUAGGAGGGAAUGGCGAAUGUUUGUUUCGAGUGUGGUAAGUAUGUGCACUCCAAGGGAACUUGCCCCGCGUUACACCAAGCAAUAGCAGAGGAGGGCAGAGAGGCACAAAGCCAAGAGCUCCCAAAGCGAUCUGAACCUUAUGGUGAAUGGAUGUAGCAAAGAGGCGGAAAAGGCGACCGAACACUCCUAACAACUCACAAGCAACCAAGACCCAAGGCCAGGUGAGAAUGGGCCCCAAUGGCUCUAGGUUCACGGUUCUAUCGAAGGAAGGAGGGGCUGAAUCGGAGACAACAGACAGAGUGGAAACUCCACGAGGGCCAACACUGAAUCGGAUAGUACGGAUGGGGGCACCAAAAGGACACACAAAGGAACCCCCAAGAGCGCCAAGUGUGGGUAGAGAAACAAAAUGCGCGAUCGGCAUGCAAUGACGGACAAUCAAAGGUGAAGCCCUUGGAGAAAACAGGAGCAGCGAGCCCCUUGAAUGGUGGAACCUCGUUGGAAACGAACGCUAGCCCAGCAAAGACCAAAGAAGUUUCAACGGGAGGGGCCAGUGAACAAAUGAUUAUAGAGAAUGAAGAUCAUACCACUGACCCCGGGCGGUCACAGGGAUCGAAGAACGAGCAUUCACAUACCCAAACUACUACAUUAUCUGAUACUCCCGACCUUGAUUCAGACACAAGAUUACAAGAAGGCAACCCCCUCACUUCGACUGCUCAGGCACCAACAGCUUUCACACUACCGAGCGGGUCGGGUAAAGAGAAAGAGACACAGCCUACUUUUGUUAGCCAGGUGGGAGGAAAAGAAACGGAGACCCUCCUAAAGGAGGGUGUACCCGAGAAAUAGUAGCUUCGUUUGAGGCCAACCCUACGCCAUAUGUCUCCUAUGGACAUAAAAAAUUUUGCAUGGAAUUGUAGGGGAGCGGGAAGCAAACACUUUCUGCGUGUUUACAAGGAGUAUCGAUGCCAGUUUCGACCCAAGAUCAGCGGUGAUACAGCGAAAAAAGUAAUACAAGAGAUGGGGUUUGUCGAGUCGUUGAUAGUGGAUGAAGCGGGUUUCUCCGGGGAAAUCUGGAUCUUAUGGAACCCGUCGAUGAUCACCAUCACGGAAGAGAAACGAACGGAUCAGCUAUUGCAUGUUAAUGUAAAGGUGGGAAUGGAGAGUUGGUUUCUCACAGCAAUAUAUGGCAAUCCUGCACUCAUUCAACGUAGAGAACUUUGGAACGCGUUGCGGGAUAUUGCGGAAGACAUGACAGAGCCGUGGGCUCUCGUUGGGGACUUUAAUUCAAUCUUACAUCCUUCGGAAAAACUGGGAGGGGCACCAUAUGUUGCUCGUUGAGCGGGAGAUUUCCAGAAUUGUUUGAUGGAUACGGGAUUAACUGAUCUCAGUUUUGUGGGGACGACCUUUACAUGGUUCAAAAGUGGAAUGCAGGAGAGGUUGGAUCAACGUUUAGCUAACCAUGCAUGGGUGACUAGGUUCCCAAAUGCCACGAACUGCCACCUUCUACGGGUGAAAUCUGAUCACCGGCCCUUACUUCUGAAUCUUGAUCCCAUUUUCCAACCGGCGGGUGCGAAGCCGUUCAAGUUCCUCGCAGCCUGGUUGAUGCAUGACGGUUUCAAGGAUAUGGCAACAGAAGCAUGGGCCAAGGGCACUGACCUGCUAAGUUCGAUUGAAUCUUUCCAACGACAAGCUAAUGAAUGGAACUACUAUGU